AUGGAACAGACUGUUGGUGUGGAAAACAAGGAGAAUUUCCAACCGAAGGUAGCUGAAGCGACUUCUGAUGUGCCAGUGCAGCAGCUAAUAAAUCCAAGUGCGAAAAAUUCUGAAGAACCGUUGUUGGCUUCAAAUCCAUCACGUUUCGUCAUAUUCCCGAUUAAAUAUCACGAUAUAUGGACAUUCUACAAGAAUGCUGUUGCAUCGUUUUGGACUGCUGAUGAGAUUGAUUUAUCGCAUGAUUACGGGGACUGGCAACAAUUGACCAACAACGAGAGAUUCUUCAUCUCGCGUGUUCUUUCAUUUUUCGCAGCAUCCGAUGGUAUUGUCAACGAGAACUUGGGUUUGCAUCGUGAUUUCGCUUGUCUUCUAUACAAAUACAUCGUCAACAAACCCAGCCAAGAAAAGGUUUAUGAAAUCAUCAAAGAGGCUGUUCUCCUCGAACAGGAAUACCUAACCGAGGCGCUGCCAGUAAGUCUGAUCGGAAUGAAUUCAAAGUUAAUGUCAGAAUAUAUCGAAUACGUUGCUGAUCAUUUACUCACUGAGCUCAGCUACCCAAAGCUUUACAAUGCGAAAAAUCCGUUCGAUUUUAUGGAGAAUUUAUCGAUUGAAGCGAAAACGAAUUUCUUCGAACGUCGCGUCAGUGAAUAUCAAAAAGCCGGCGUGUUGAGUGUCGAGAAGGAGAAGACGUUCGAUCUAGAUGCAGCCUUUUGA